AUGCUGAAAGUCCACUCACAAGGAGAUUUAUACACAGCAACUGGAGAUUCUGCUAGAAUACUUAGGGAAAUAUUAAAUGAAAGAGGAGAAGAUACUAUAACUCUAACUAAAGAGACAUUCCAUAAGACAAUUCCUGUCAUAAUACACCAGUACAAAGAAACUCUUCAAGAGUACGCUGUAGUGAACAAUAAAGAAGUGAAGAUUAGAGAGGGUUCUCCAGGGAACUGGUCUGAUUAUUCAGAGUACUUAAUUGGAGAGACAGAAAUUGCAAAGAUAGGGAGUGUUUUGAUAAACAGAGGGAGCAGUAUAGAGGUAGAAAUUGCUUGUGUGUCAACCAUUGACAAAGAAGCAAAAAUAUACAAAUUCAGUGAUAACGAACUAUUUACAAGUCUAGCACACCUGAUGCAUGCACAGAAUAUUCAAGAGGUGAUUUACACAGACAGUGCAUUAUCUAAGGUAUUCACUGCCCUGGGCCUAGCACACUACAAGAUCCAGAAGAAAGGAAAUUCUCCAAUUGACCUACUUGAAAGACACCUCACCAUUAACAUGCAAGGAUACAUAGUAAAAGAAUGCGUACUGGAGAAUGUUCUUCAGAUGGAUGAAAAAGCAGCAGAUUCCCUUCUCUCAGGAGACAUAAGAAUUGAAAGUGAAAUUAACUGUGCAACACCGCAAGGAAAGAGACUCCUGCAGCUAUUUAUUCGGGCACCUUCCACAUGCAAGGAAGAAAUACUUAGGAGACAAGAAAUAAUUACAGAAAUACUUGAAAAGAAUUCGAUGAUAAGAAAAGACAUACAGUCAGCACCUGAUACAUUUGCAACCUGCAAGAGUGCAUCUACACUUUCAGUGCAAGCCACCAUCAGAAUAUACAGGUUCCUGGGGGCUGCACUUAAAAUAUCCAAAGGCAUAGGAAAUAUUAAGAGUCUCUCGCAUGAGCAGAGUAUCCUAAAGGACUCGCUGGAUUAUACAAGUGGACUAGUCUGUGAGAUAGAAGAUGUAAUCGAUUUAAGUGCGCAUACCAUAAAGGAAAACUGCACAGAAGAACUGAGAGUUCUAAAUAAACUGAAGAACCAGAAGGAACAGGAGAUUUAUGCAGCGUACACAGAAGAAAUCGAGAGAAAAUCCAUUCCAAAGGCAAAAUUAGAAAACAGUCCUGUCCAUGGGUACUGCAUUAAAAUACCAAGAACAGAAGAGAAUAAGCUGACAACAGAAACAAAACUGACAAUCCAAAAGUCAGGUAUACUUUUUACAACAGAAAAAAUAAAAAUGCUAAAUCAUAAGCUAGCAAGCACAUUCUCCCAAAUAAAAGCAGAACACGCAAAAAUACUCAAAACACUCACUGAGUCAUUUACAGUUUGCAAAGCAUGGAUUGAGGUACUGAAUCAUACGGUGGCACUUUUGGACGUAUUUACAAGUCUGGCUGCAUAUGCAAGUAAUAAUAAUCUGGUGUGUCCUAUUUUCACAGAGAAAUCAUACCGUGUAGACCAAAUGUAUCACCCACUCCUGCCCACUCUCUACAGGAAAAGACUUCUACAAAACUGCAACAUUCAGGAGCCAGUCAAAAAUAGUUUAGAAAUAAAUGACACGCGGGUGUGCAUAAUAACAGGCCCUAAUAUGGGAGGAAAAACAACCUUCUUAAAGACAGUUGGAAUAAUUUCCAUUCUUGCACAAAUUGGGUCAUAUGUUCCAGCGGCAUACGCAAAUAUUCCAAUAUUUAAGAAGCUGUUCAUUCGGAUAGGUGCUUCAGAUAAUCCAGCCAAAGGAAUAAGCACAUUCAUGGCAGAAAUGAUGGAUAUAUCUGCUAUUCUUAAUGAGGCAACAGAGGAUUCUUUGGUUAUAAUUGAUGAGCUUGGCAGGGGAACAAGUGAUGAAGACGGGUACGCAAUUGCAGCAUCUACUAUUGAGUACAUUGCCAGGAUAAAUGCAAUGACAUUAUUUGCAACACAUUUCCAUGAGCUGGCACAUAUGCCAGGCGUAGUAAACAAAAGGGUUGGGUGCAUUGAAAGCAAAGACCAGCUUAUAAUGACGUACAAAAUAGAAGAUGGCUAUGCAUGCAGUUCAUAUGGGAUAAACACUGCAAGAAGAAUGGGCUUCCCAGAAGAAGUUCUGCAAAUUGCAGAGGCUGAACUGCAGAGACAAGAAAAAGAUAAACAUGACAGCUUGCACACUGAAUGA